GCCAUCUCAUAGACCACAAGAAGAACUAGUCGCUGAUCCCAGGUGCCAGCUUCUGCAAGAGGUCAAGCUCUUGGCCGAGAAGACGAUACCCUUCCAGCCCGACUCGGACGAUCAGGCCUUCCCUACACACACCACCUUCAAGGACGUCCAAGACUUCGAGGCUCACCUUUCGGACAAGGCCAAGAUUAUCCGGGAAAUGGUCGACGCCAUCUUUGCCCGCGUGGUCACCAAGCGUCACAACGAACCUGAUGUUGCUGGCUUGCAAUCCCAAGUGAACAAGCUGUUGGCUGCACAAAAGGACUUCCUUGUUAAGAUCAACCGCCUUUCUGCCGAAAAGGAGAGUGUAUCAGAUCAGCUUAAUACCGCUACGCUCAGAUACAUGAAAGCCGAACGCAAGAUGGAUCGAUUGAAGAGCAACCAGGUGCAGAAGUUGGAGCAACAAGCCAUGGCGAUUUCAACUGCACGACCUGCAGGUGCAGCUCAGGAGAACGGCACUGCUGAAGUCAACGGAAAUAGCUUAGAGCUUCAGCAGAAGUUGAAGGAGGCUACCGCUGUGAGCGACAAGCAGAAACAGCAGUUGGAAACGGCAUUAGCAGAGAGCAAAACACUGCAGGAAGAGCUCACCACUCUGCAAAUAAAGCUGACUGGCCUGACUGACGAGGAUUACGCCCGAACUGAUGCCUUCAAAUCAUUCAAGAUCCGGCAAGAUGAUUUGAUCAAGAAGAUUAACCUGCUCGAAGCACAAAACACUAAGCUUAGGGAUGCAAACAAAAACUUUGAAACCGAACGAACCGCUUACAAGCAGAGGCUUGAGAACGAGGCGCAGCAACUGACCUCGGAACUGGAGGACCAACUGCAACAGUCGGACACUAAUCUUGCUCGAAUUCGGAUGCAGCGCGAUGAGCUACAUCAGGAGGUGCAGAAAUUGCAGAGCAGCAAGGAACAGGAGCGCCAUGCUGCAGACGAAAUGAAGGCGCUUGUUAGCGCAAAUGAGGACAGCAUAAGACAGUUGGAGUCACAAGUACAACGAUUGUCACCGAGCGAAGAUGUUGACAUGUCCCCCCGGCCUGAUCUCGAAAGCCUUUCAGUCGACGAUCUUCGAGACAAGUAUAAGAAGCUCGAGAAGGAUUUUGAUAGCAUCAACAUCGAGCUUCCUACCAUGGCGGCCGCCGUCAGGAAGUACCAAACCCUUGCGAACAAGAAGAUCCAUGAUCUGGCGGCCGUGGAAGAGCGCAUCAGCAUCGCACUUGCAGAAAAGGGCAAGGCUAAUCAGAAGUAUUUCGAUGCCCGUCGCAAUCACGAUACACUGAAGGAAGAGCUCACAAAAGUGCGAUUGCACAAUUCCAAGAAUUCGGAAGUCAUCUCUCAGCUCAAGGAGAAUGAGAGUCAAACCCGCGCCCUAGCCGCGAGUCUGGAGAAGCAAAUUGCCGAUCUCAAGGCCGCGAACAACAACACGAUUUCGGAAAGCAAGCGUACCGAGGCCAACAGCAAUGAACUCCUGAAGCGAUAUGAAGCGCUUAAGGCCCAAAUAACGGAACUGGGUAAUCUGGCAAAAAGUAAAGACGCGGCCACAGCCACGGCACGAGAGCGUGCAUCUAUCUUGGAAACGGAUAAUGAAAAGCUGAAGGCGCGCCUUGAGAGUACCUCAAAGGACAGGGACAAGUGGAAGUCCAAAUCAUUGAGCAAUUCCUCCGAAGAGGAGGAUAUGCUACGGAAACUUGCCACUUGUUCCGUCUGCCACAACAACUUCAAAAACACGGCACUCAAAACAUGCGGACACAUCUUCUGCCGUUCGUGCAUUGACGAUCGUGUGGCUAAUAGGAUGAGGAAAUGUCCGAACUGCAGCAAGAUGUUCGACAAGCUGGACAUCAUGACUGUUCAUCUUUGAGCGGGAUAUGGUAUUCGGGCAAAAUCGUGCCAGAA